AUGAACGUGUCACUGCAGGGGGAGAGCGGAAUAAGAGAGAAAGCGAACGGGAGAGAAAGUGGGGGAGGAAAGGUGGAAUACAGAAAGGCGCGAUAUAGCCGUUCAUCUUGCAGAAGUUCUCGGCCCGGACGUCCUCCCAAGCGUUCUCUCGGUGUGGCGAUGCAGGACAGCUCUCGUCUGCUUCCUCACAGCGUUCACGGGCUGCUCUCUCCCAGCCUGCUCUCCCCGACAGGUCUGACGGCAGCAGCCAUGGCUGAAGCUAUGAAACUCCAGAAGAUGAAACUGAUGGCCAUGAGCAGCAUUCACGGAGCAGGAAGCCAGAACGGUACCGAGUCAGAGAACGAGGAGCUGAACUCCAGUGCAGGCGGCAGUGAGUCAUCCUGGGAUAAAGAGAAACUCCAGUCCCCCCCUUCCUCCGGAGCCCAGCAUGGUCUGGCUCACGCCGGCCUCUCCGCUCAACACUGCCUGUCAGGGUCUCAUCUCUCUUCCCUACAGCAGAGUCAUCUCCUGGCUAACCGACUGGACCUGCCGUUUAUGAUGAUGCCCCACCCACUGCUGCCCGUCAGUCUGCCGCCUGCCUCCGUUGCCAUGGCGAUGAACCAGAUGAACCACCUGAACACCAUCGCCAACAUGGCCGCAGCUGCUCAGAUGCACAGCCCCCUGUCCAGAGCAGGAUCGUCCGUCAUCAAGGAGUGUGUACAGGACAGUCCGUCUCCUGCUCCAUCUCUGGAGGAAACCCAUCGUCCCGGAUCGCAGCCCUCUUCCCACCCCAGCAGUAGUGUGUCCAGCUCCCCAAACCCACACACACAGAGUCCUGAACGCCUGGUUUUGAACCCGACUGAUGGAGAACUACCAGAACGAGACAACGGCAUCAAUAUGAAGAAAAUCCUUAAAGAGAAAGACGAGGCUCAGUUAGCUUUGCCCAUGCAGAAACCAGGGUUCGAGAAGCUUCCUCUGGGCACUCAGACUCUUCCUCCAGGCUUCCCCGCUCCCUUCCUGUUUACAGAUGGCCUCUCUUCUGUGGAGACAUUGCUCACUAACAUCCAGGUACAUGCAGGUCUGCUGAAGGUGGCCGUGGAUAAUGCCCGUGUGCAGGAUAAACAGGUGCAACAGGAACGCAAGGAGUUAAAGAUGGAGCUGUACAGAGAAAGAGAGAUGAGAGAGAGUCUGGAGAGACGACUCACCUCUGAACUACACAGCCGAGCCACUAUUCAGAAGCGUCUGAAGAAGGAAAAGAAGGCGAAGAGGAAACUGCAGGAGGCUCUGGAGUUUGAGUCCAAGAGGAGAGAGCAGGUGGAACAUGCGCUCAAACAGGCCACAUCUCCUGAGAGUCUCCGCAUGAGUCUCAACGAGGCAGUGAUACCAGAGGUGAAGUCUGAACAUAAUGGCAACCAGCAGGAGAACUCAGCUGUACAAGAAAACAGACCCUACUCCAAACCUCCCAUCAUGUACUGAAGCCUCUGGCAUCUUUAGUCCCUCAACAGACAGCUCACACCACAGAUGGAUGGGACAACAUGGAGAGGGGUUUGUGGGGCUUUUUCCCGGAGGGAAAGUGGUGUGGGUGCUGAAGACCAGGCACCUGAAACCCAUGUACAGGACUCGAGUGUGUAUGUGUGUGGAGGUGCAGUGCGUUUGCAGUCCUCAUGAGACGUGUGUGUGUGUGUGUGUCCCUGCUUGUAGGCGACCUUUUAACACCACAUGCACCGACUUGUAAAAAAAUGUCUUUCUCUCUUGUUUUGACUACUUCUACAUCCCACACUUUUUUGAGAUUUAAAGAAGUGUGUUUUUUUUCUGGAUUAAAAUGUCAUUACCUGAUGAAUUACCCUUCUUCAUGUGAAGCACACAGCAUCACCCUAAUCUAAUCCUAUGUCUAGAUUAUUAUUAUUAUUAUUAUUAUUAUUAUUAUUAUUAUUGAGUGUUAUCUGCUGAUCCCCCAUGAUUCUGUGCACCAGUGAUUCUGAACAGCACAACAGUCUUGACGAGUCUGUAGAGAACUUUAUCCACAGCACCUCAUGAAAGGAGAGACAAAUAUUAUGUGGACAGACUCCAAACAAGACACAUGUGCUUCUUUAAUAAACAUUGUCUACAUUUGUUGUUUUGCCUUUUGAGUAAGGGAUUCUAUAUCAACAUUUCCUUUUUUUCUAAUUUGUUGUAUUUUUUUAGAAAGUGUAGAAAUAUUUUCAUGUUGUCGUUUCCUUGUCCUAUGUUUAUUAUUCUGGUGUUUAUUUUAUUAUCUGGUUUGUUGUUUUUCAUUGUAUUUUAAUCAGCAUUUCAAACAGAUGCUCAAGUGAUUUUGACACAAACGUUCUUUGUACGUCUUUGUUGUCUUACUUUGCCCUGCGACAAUGUUUUCUCUAUUGCUCCUUAACUUAAAAAGUGCAAAAAAGUUGUUCAUUUGAUGUUGCUAUAAACACAGUAUUACAGUACUCCUUGUUCUGUUUUUACCUGUUUAUAAAGACUUGUAAAAAUGCUUUAGCGUUUGCUAUCCUGACGUUGUUAUUACAUGGAUACAUUUUUAGUGAUGGAAAGAGACGAGAAGUACCCUUAUGCACACCCAGAGCGAGCAUGCUUGUAAAUACAAUGAUGAAAAAUGACACCUAUCAAUUGAAAAUAAAAUGCUGCCUCUUCAAAUCUAUUUUUAAACAUUUCUAGUGACUCCAUAGGUAAUGCAAUCACAAAUUGGCAGCUAUCAAUGAUGUUGAAUCUUGUUUUAAAAUGGCAACAGACACUUAUCACAGCCUUGCACAUGCCACAAUGAAUAAAACACCCCUAUGGACAU